AUGGCGAAUUUCUUUAUCACCAAAGUCGAAGUCUCCGACUGGGACGAAAUAGUCGAGGGUCAUUUCAGUUCUUUUGUUGAUGAGCAAUUUCAACUUCUCCUCCAUGGCAGUGACACUCCACGCAACCGCCAGCUCUUAAAGGACAAGAUGCUCAAUAAGUAUACACGUUUGAGUAACUCAAUAUGGCUCAAAGCCGUCGACCAAAAUAGCAAAAGGAAGAUCGCGGGGAUGGCCAAUUACACGCUGAAUCCCACCUAUGUUCUACUGCAGAAGCUUAGGUUGGAUUCGGAUAUGCCAUGGCUGGAUGAUCCGGAAGAUAAGCGCAUUAUGAGAGCAAUAUUUGAUGACGUGGCGGAUCGGAGGUGGAGGCAUGUUAAGGAAGCACAUAUUCAGCUCGACACUCUAUACGUCCUUCCCGAAUACAGGGGCCUUGGAAUCGCUGGUCGGUUUCUGGAAUGGGGACGAGAUCUCGCGGAUCAUCUGAUGGUGCCCAUAACUCUCGAAUCUUCCAUGAUGGCACAUCCGUUAUAUCUCAAAUACGGGUUCGUCGACGUCGAGCACUCCCGUGUCGUGAUGGGAAAGUGGGAUAUCGAGUACUAUCAGAUGAAGUUGGAGCCGAAGUCAACGGAGUUGCAAGGUUGA